AUGCUUCCUGCACCAAAGACAGUGGCCUCUACGUCAAACUCACCACCGAAGAAAUCGUCGCUCGCCCUCCCGCCACCAUCCGCCACAUCGUCCUCCAAACCCAAGAAAGGGCCCAAGAAGAUCACAAUAGACCUUCCUGCCUUACCACAGGACGGCUCAGACGAUGAAGACGACCCGAGGCCAGCUGCCAAGAAACCUCGUCUCGAUUCCGGGUCGGGUUCAGGCAAAUCCUCGCUAUUCUCCAUGCUGCCUGCUCCGAAACUGAAGGCGCCCGUCAAGGCCACUGCUGCUCCCGAACGGGUGCUCGGUGGUGGAGGCCGUCCGGGACUUGUCUUCAAUGCCUCGAGGAGCUUGUCAGCUCCUCAGCCUGUAGCGGCACCGUUGGUCCCAGAGGAUGCAACGCAGGACGAGGAAGAGGAGACUGAAGGUGCCGUUGCAGCACAACCUGAAGCUGCAUCGUCAUCAACUUCUGCCUCCUCGACAUUGUUCCUGCCUCCCUCUUUGAAGAAAGGCAGAACCAACAUAUCAUUGGGAGAGGACGCUGGACGCACUCCAAGGCCUUCCGCGCAGUCCUCAUCUUCCGUACCAUCUAUAUCCGCCGCACCGCCUGUAGAUUUCUUCUCAUUAGGAAGCACAACUUCCACAGCCUCAUCUUCCACAACCCCGUCCACCUCAUCCUCCAUCAAAUUCACCCUCCCAUCCGUCUCCUCCGCGCCCGACAUCGACGAAUUCGUCCCACCAGAACCCACACCCACCGACCCUUACCCAGGCUACUAUCAACUCCCCUCCGGGACCUGGGCAGCCCACGAUCCCGCAUACUACCAGAAGUUCUACGACAAAUGGAAGAGGGACUACGAUGCGCAGGUCCGUGCGAUGGAGAAGAACCCUGCGAAGGGCUUCGAGGGUGCGGAUGGGGAUGAUACUACGGAGGUGAAUGCGGCGAAGGAAAUGGAGAGGGCUAGGAUCGAGAUCAAGGAGCGGGAGGAUGCGAAGAAUAUGACACAGGGGACGAGCGAGGGACAGCAGGCUGCGCCGAAGAUGAACGUCAAGGGAGCGAAGUUGAGUGGAAGGGCGCGCUCCCGGCAUCAGCUUACGACCCUGCUUACGGAGGCCUACGAGAACCGGGAGAUGCUGGAGCAGAAGAUUGCGGAGGGAAGGAGGAACAGGAAGGAGGCUGGAAACAAAUAUGGUGCGUUUCUGAGUCUUUCGGAUCUCAUCACACUUUUGUACACGUCUCCGUUCGUUGUAGCUUGCGCUACGGCCAUCUUCCGUGUCUGA